AUGGCGGCAGUUGUGGAAUUGCGCUGCACACCUCAAACUUUUGUGCCUAUGUUAGGGUCUGGAGUCGAAGGACGGGACCACACAAUUGAAAUAAAGCAAAGCAAAGCUUUAUUCUGUCCACCAAUAAGCUACAAACCAGCCAGCCAGGGCGACCUCCUGCAGGAGGGCCUUGAGGUCUGUGUCAUUCUUGUUGGGCUAGAAACUGAGCCCUCAAAUGGAAGCUUAGCAUUGGUUCAACAAAAUGGAGUCCCUUCUGCUCUAGGCUUCACACCUAGGGUCUCGGUCCCAAACUGUGGAGCUGCCAGGUACUGGCGGAGGACGCUGGGGAUGCAGGUUCGCUAUGUCCAGCACGAAGACUACCAGUUCUGUUAUUCCUUCCGGGGCAGACCUGGCCCCAAGCCUUCCAUCCUCAUGCUCCAUGGAUUCUCUGCACACAAGGACAUGUGGCUCAGCGUUGUCAAGUUCCUUCCAAAGAACCUGCACUUGGUCUGUGUGGACAUGCCAGGACAUGAGGGCACCACGCGUUCCUCCCUGGAUGACCUCUCCAUAGAUGGCCAAGUCAAGAGGAUACAUCAGUUUGUAGAAUGCCUCAAGCUGAACAAAAAGCCCUUCCAUCUCAUCGGCACCUCCAUGGGUGGCCACGUCGCUGGGGUGUAUGCCGCUUACUACCCCUCGGAUCUCUGCAGUCUGAGUCUGGUGUGUCCGGCUGGCCUGGAGUACCCCAUUGAUAACAAAUUCAUCCAACGGCUCAAAGAACUGCAGGCCACGGCCUCCAUUGAGAAGAUCCCCUUGAUCCCCUCAACCCCGGAAGAGAUGAGUGAAAUGCUGCAACUCUGCUCCUACGUCCGCUUCAAGGUGCCCCAGCAGAUCCUGCAAGGCCUCGUGGAUGUCCGCAUCCCUCACAAUGGCUUCUACAGAAAGUUGUUUUUGGAAAUCGUCAGUGAGAAAUCAAGAUAUUCCCUCCAAGAGAACAUGAACAAGAUCAACGUCCCGACGCAGAUUAUCUGGGGGAAGCAAGACCAGGUACUUGAUGUGUCUGGAGCAGACAUGUUGGCCAAGUCGAUUGCCAACUGCCAGGUGGAACUUCUGGAAAACUGCGGGCACUCGGUGGUGAUGGAAAGACCUAGGAAGACAGCCAAGCUCAUUGUGGACUUCCUGGCCUCUCUGCACGAUUCAGACAACAACAAGAAGCUGAACUGACACCCUCCAGCAACCUGCAUUCCACACCCACCUUCUGCUCCCUUCUAAGUCAGAACGGCCCCCAACUUCUCAGGGAUUCUGCCCCAAAUGCAACUACAACCCCUACGUCCCUGAGGAAGCCAAACAUCUCCCCACCCUGCACCCUCAGUCUCUAAAGAGCCUCCAAGCUUCAGAGACCACAGGAGAUCUCCAAGAUAUUUUUUUCAUAAAAUGGAAACCCCAGUGGAAGGAACUAAGAAAACUCAGCUGUGAAAUCUACCAAGACAUUUAAAUAUGUGUCAUGUCACAAAUAUUUAAAUAUGCUCAUGUCACAGAACAGCAGCUACCUUGGACCGUCACUGCUGUGGCUGUUUUCUUUAAAGCAUUCAACCCAGACAAAAACUCGGGGUCAUAUUUCUCUUGCUUUAGAUAUUCUUCCCUGCAUGGUCCAUGGCUGUUUUAGGAGCGUUAGUCCCCACUGCUGAGCUUCCUCUUGUUUCUGUCUGAUAAAAGUUUUGCACAGACCCACCAGUGAAUGCAUUAUCUAUGCAGUGCCUGGGAGGAAGGAAGCGGGCUCAGCCCAGAGAAGAGAGAGUUUGACCCCCAGAGGUGAGGCUUGUUGGAGGGAACCCGGAACAGUUUCAUUACAAAGAACAUCUGGUAGGUGGGUUUCCAGAGAAUAAAUCCUUAUUUUUUAAAAAAUAGGACUAAGAAAGCAAUAACAUUUUCUCUAAAGAUCCAUCUUGGGCUCCACACUGAAGCAUCCGGUGGGCCUUUUUUUCUAUUUUGCUGUGCUCCUGAAACCCUUGGAUGUAAAAUAAUAGUCAGUUAAUGAAUUCUGUGAAUUCUGUGAUCAGUAAUGUGAUUGGAAAUAAGUCUAACACUGUAAAAGUGACCACCAUGACAUGAAAUAAAUUUAAUAAGUCUAGAUUA